UUGAUGUAUAAAAUAAGCUCAAAUCAACCUACUUUGUUCAAUAUUGUUACAUUUUAUAUAGUGCCUGCUGAAGAAGUGAAAGCAAUGAAAACCAAUAAAGAGUUAACUCGUGUCUUUUUUUCUAUACAACCCACCCCUGGGUUAACGGCCGCUACAGCCAAGAGACGCAUUUUUAAGGAGGAUCCAUACCGCUAUCUCAAACAAAUGCAGAAAGCGCAGCAAGCGGAGCAUGUUUCUGUCUUUCCCACCAGCCUCUUAUCUUGAACACUGGUGCACUUCAGGGUCGACAGCUGAAGCAUAAAAUCGGACAAAACAGAACAGCCUUUAAACUGAGCCAAGUGCUCCCUUAACCGCCCAAGUGGAACGUCUAUUCGUUUUCAUGGCGAAACACAAAAAAUAAGCCGAGAAGAAGUUCUCUGCUUCUGCAUCUGAUUUCACCACCCGGAAAACUAGAACAGAGAGAAGUGGACCUGUCGCAUCAUUUGACUGAAGCUUACAGCCAGCGGCGGGAUUUCCCAGUGUGUUCGCGGCGCUGUCAAAAGAAAGUGUCUGUCGUUGUGUGUCUGCAGAUCCGUCUGUGGGGUCGUCAGAGACUGGAGUCGCGAUUGUGUGAGUGGCAACUUGAGCCGUAGGAAGAAAGAAAGAAAGAAAAAAAAAAAGAAAGAAAGAAGAUUCCGUCGGAAUACCCACGAUCUUCAGUUACUUUAUGUGGGCCUGCUUGAGGAUAAGAGAGACAGACAGAACCGCGAAGAGGUCCAGUCCCACCAUGACGUGUUGUGGACACAGCGGGUCGCCCUACUAGACAAUGUAAGACAUUGGCUUACCACCCACUCGUCUGUCCUCACUGUUAACCCUCUCACCGAGUAGAAGGCUCUUCAUGAAAACAAGAGUGGAAAGAAGCUGGCAGUAAUAUGAGUGAGGUGCCCAGAGAACAAUGUAAGAUGCUGCCAAGGCCACUUCCCUACCCCUUCUCUAUGCCAGUCUCACUCUAGUAAGGACCUAAAAGUGCUCAGCAGUGAUGUUGUCUUCUUCUUGACCUUCAAAUAUCUGCUUGUCAAGUCCAAUGUUUGCAUCCAGUUCAAGUCCAUUUUGUAAUUUCUGAGGGAUAACCCUGUGGGCAGCAUGUCUUGCCAAGAACUAAUUGAGCUGCAGGAGCUGCCCCAAGAGGACCGUAUUGAGCUAACGCUGCACACCCGCUCAACGCGUCUUGAGAGGACCAACGCCCUGCGGGUCAGCCCUGGGAAAGUGCCCGAGCUCCUCAGUCGGGUGAGGAUCAUCCGACUGCUGCGAGAGAGUGUGGACCCCCGGCUGACCAUAGAGGAGGGAGAAGGGCAUGACUUCCAGCCUUGCACCCAUGCUCAGCCUACAUGGUGUGACCUCUGUGGUGACUUCAUCUGGGGCCUGUACCGGCAGAGCCUCCGCUGUACUUACUGCAAAUUCACAUGUCACUAUCGCUGCCGGGCGCUCAUUCAACUGGACUGCAGUGCCCAAAGGAGCCGACUGGUUGAUCAGCCUGACCCAACAGAGCACGCCAUUGAAACUGACACCAACAUAGAUGAGCCGGUUAAUUUGGAAAAGCAAGAGCUAUCACCGAGUGAAACGGAGCAGAAGGUCAGGGAGUACAAUGCUCAGAUCCACAGCAACCUGUUCAUGACAAUGAAUAAGGACAGCUCCUACACUGGGUUCAUUAAGGUGGUAUUUAAAUUGACACGUCCAGUGUCCGUGCCUCCUACCCGAAAAGCAACCACUGUGCAAGAUGGCAAGAAAGGAUCGGCAAUCAAGAGGCGUACCUCUUUUUACCUUCCAAAGGACACAGCCAAGCAUUUGCAUAUUAGUUCAAGAACCAAGGCCCGUGAGGUCAUAGAGGCCCUGCUGAACAAGUUCACAGUAGUGGACAACCCUCGCAAGUUUGCUCUGUAUGAACGCAGUGAGCGGGAUGACCAAGUGUACUUGAGGAAGUUGGCUGAUGAAGAGCAGCCAUUACACCUCCGUCUUUGCGCCGGACCCAGUGAGAAAGUGCUCAAUUUUGUCCUAAAAGAAAAUGAAACUGGAGAGGUCAAUUGGGAUGCUUUCACCUUACCAGAGCUUCAGAACUUCUUACGAAUCCUUCAGCGUGAGGAAGAGGAGCAUGUCAAACAGAUCAUUCAGCGCUAUACCUGUGCUCGGAAUAAAAUGCUGGAAGCUUUGACCAACCACACUCCAGGCUGAGAAGUCGGGAAAUAGUGGCCUUCCUGCUAGGUUGGCCAUUACUUUUAUGUAGGAGUUCUCCAAAGAUCAUGUGCUGACCAUGAGAUUGGAAGGAAUGCUGCCUGAAUGUGGGAUGAUGUUGAGAGAGAGAGAAUGGAGCCAAACCAGAAGUGCCUUUCAUCCUGAAUAUGAGCGAAUGAGUUAUGAUUGUUAGUUUGGAAAAUACUGAAACUGGAAGA